AUUAUAAAAAAAUUACGUGAUCGAAGAAAUUUAAAUAACUUAAAAAGUUAUUUUAUAAAAACAAUAUUAUUGUGGGAAAUUAAGAGACAAAAUAUUCCAUUUUAUUGGGAUAAACAACAAAAUAUGUUAAGUAAU